AUGCAAAAAGGAGCAAAAGAGCCUAAACCAAGAUCCAUGCAAGUUUCCAAGUCAAGAAGAUCAUUUUAUCUCCAAGUGUUAGUUCUCGCUGCGCGCAGAACGAAGCUUCGGAAGUUUGGCCGCGCGCGGAGGAGUUCCCGACGUCCAAAAGUUGCGAUCUUGAUAUGGAAAGAUAGAUACUUGAGUCAUGCAUCACGUCGAAGUGGAAUGAAGCCAUUUGGAUCAACUAUGAGGCCUAGACUUAUUUUCUACCGAGACAUGUCCGGUAAGCGAGUAAACGAAGCCCAUGGAGGAUUUGGAGUGUCUAAUGGCCCGAGCAGCAGCGCCAAAGGCCUUGAUCGAAUAGAGAAGAGGCCUGGCUAA